GGGAGAGAGUCGUGUUCUGAAUUAGGGUUUAGUAUAAAAACCAAGUAACUCCCUCCUAUUUUUUGCACGCCCCAUUUUGCCCAUCUGAGACAAAACCCUAGCGCGAACCAGGGCGAGAAGAAGAACAUGGCGGCGGUUUCGGGACAACUGAUUUGGGAGAUUGUGAAGAGGAACAACUCGUUUUUGGUGAAGGAGUUCGGCAGGGGAACAGCCGGCGUUCAGUUCAGCAAAGAGCCCAACAACUUAUACAAUCUCAACUCCUACAAGCAUUCUGGCCUGGCCAACAAGAAAACUGUUACAAUUCAACCUGGAGGUAAAGAUCAAUCCAUUUUGCUUGCAACAACGAAGAGCAAGAAACAGAACAAACCUGCUUCAUUGCUUCAUAAAUCUUUGAUGAAGAAGGAAUUCCGUAGGAUGGCAAAGGCUGUAACAAACCAGGUGGCCGAUAACUACUACAGGCCAGACCUGAAGAAGGCUGCCCUAGCAAGAUUGAGCGCUGUGAACAGAAGCCUUAAGGUUGCUAAGUCUGGGGUCAAGAAGAGGAACAGGCAAGCGUUGAGGAAGUGAGAAUGUUAUGAGAAUGUUGCUUUUUCCAUUUGUGUUUUUUGUUGGAAUGCCAACCUUUUAGUGCAGUUUGGAAUUUGAAGAGUAGUCUGGCAAUGUCUUACUAUGUUUUGCGUUAUUAUAUGAUUAUUUUCGUGUUGUGAUGAACCUUUGGCGGUAAUCUUAUGACUUAGUUUUUGUUA